GAGAGGGAGUUUUAGAGGGAGGGAGAGAGAAGGAGAGGUAGAGAGAGAGAGAGAUUUAGACAGAGGGAGAGAGAGAGAGUCAGUCCAGGAACAGCUCAACUUUUGAAUGUGAGCGAGCCGAGCUGAGCCGAGCUGAGUCGAGCCGGGUCAGCGUGUCGCUCCGGACCGGGCUCCCUGUGUCUGCUCCCCCGCUCUGUGCACCUCCUGCUCGGCGUAGCUCUCCCCAGCGAGUCGCUGUUUCUCCCGGUUCGGCAGCUCAGAAGGCGGAGCCUUGACUGUGUGAUAGAGUGAGUGACUGCAUGGACCGGACUGAACAUGAAGAGCCUUAAAGCCAAGUUUAGGAAAACUGAUGUCAAUGAGUGGAACAAGAAUGACGAGCGCCUGCUUGCUGCGGUGGAGCACGGCGAGGCGGAGAAGGUCGCGUCUCUUCUCGCCAAGAAAGGUGCCAGCGCUGUGAAGCUGGACACUGAGGGCAGAUCAGCUCUUCAUGCAGCAGCUGCUCGAGGUCAGACAGACUGUCUCUCUGUCAUCCUGUCUCAUGGAGCUGAUCUGUCUCUCACUGAUGCUGCAGGUUUGAAUCCAUUACACCUGGCUGCCAAACACAAUCACACCGAGUGCUGUAAAAAGCUCAUUCAGAGUAAAAGUCCAACCGAUGCUGUGGACAGCUCAGGAAAGACGGCGCUGCAUCACGCUGCUGCCAGUGGGAACAUCCAGACCGUCCAACUGCUGUGUGAACUCAAAUGUCCCAUCAACCUGAAAGAUGCAGAUGGAUUCACCUCCUUCCUGUUGGCGGCUAAACAUGCUCCUGCUGAGGUUUGCUGCACUUUGCUGGACUGUGGAGCUGAAAUCAACGUUUCUGACAACAGCGGCAGGACAGCGUUGAUGUUGGCCAGUGAGUCCAACACAGCGUCUGUUGUUGAAGUGUUGGUUCACCGAGGCGCAAACCUGUCAGCGGUCGAUUCACAAGGUCAUGAUGUCACACACUACGCCAAACUGUCAGGCAACUCAGAGGUGACAACUGCCCUCAGUGCCGCCCUCAGCAGACAGCAGGUCUCAGACGCAAAGUCUCCUAGAAGUCCUCAGCAUGAUCAAGUAGCUAAACUAAGUGAUGAACGGAUCACAACUCCCAAAAAACGAAAAGCACCUCCUCCACCUCCCAUUAGCCCACUGCAGAGCUCAGGACCCUCCUCUCCUUCAAUCGUUACCUCCACUGGGACUGUUGGUUCUGACAAAAGUGACACGCCCAAGAAAUUCAGCUACAAGGAGGAUGAGAUUCGAGGAACGCUGAGAGAGCAGGUUGAGAAGCUCCACGAGGAGAGAAACAUGUUGCUGGACACAAUUGAAGAUCUGAAGCAGACAGUGACGGGUCCUGAGCUGGAUACUAAGGUUGAACACAGUGUUACAGCAUCUGAAGCUCUGGUUUCUGUUCUGCAAGCCAAGAUUAAUGCUCUUACUCUGGAGAACCAGACACUUGCAAGUAAACUUAAGAAACAUCCGUCUCUCCAAGGAAACGAGGACCUGAAUGAGAGCAGUCGUCCUAACAGCAUGGCCUCCAACUCCUCCUUCCACUCCACCCAGGAUGAAUUUGAAUCACCACCACAGGUCCCCUCCACCAGCCCUCCUGUGUAUGUCAGCCAAGAGGAAGAGGAGAGUGAGGGAGGAAGAGAAGGAAGCAAAGAGGAGAUCAGACUGUUGAGGCAGGCGCUGGAGAGCGUCCAGGUGAAACUGCUCGAAACCAGGAAGGAAAACCGCUCGCUUCAUGCUCAGUUGAAGCCCGAGAGAGAGGAAGAAGAAGAGGAGGAGGAAAUUGUGAGGGAGAAAGAAAGGGAGGCAGAGUUGAUGGAGAGUCUGGCAGAGCUGCAGGCCAAGCUGACGGACACUCAGGAGAGAUACCACCAAGCUGUGGAGGAGGUGGAGGAGCUGAGGGCUCGCAUGGGAAAAGAAGGAAGGGAGAUGACGGAGAAAGAAGGAGCGCAGAGACAUUCAUCGUCCACAGUGGAACAGCUGAAGGCCCAGCUGAUCCAUUCAGGAUGUGAGCAAGAGAAGGCGGCUCAGCGAAUCAGAGCGUUGGAAGAGGAGCUGAGGAGGACUGAGGAAGAAAGACGGAGUGGGAAGGAGAAAGUACAAAGGAGUGCAAAGAUUGAGGAGCUGUACAAGGAGGCACAGAAGGAGAUUAGGAUGCUCCAGGAGGCUUUGAGGGGAACGGUCCCUGUUGAAGCUGCAGCCAAAGACUUUGAAGAAAUGAAAGCUGAGAUGAACGAGGUGUCAGCCGGGCUGCAGCGUCGCUUGCUGGAACUCUCGCACUCCUACAGUGAAACCAAGAGUAAACUCAGCGCCGCUCAGAAGCAGGCGGCGGAGGCCCGAGCUGAGAGCAGUGCUCCAUCGUCUCCUACUGUGGAAGAGCAGCAGCAGCACGUCCAGGCGCUCAGCAUCAAGGUGGAGGAGCUGCAGACUCUGUUAGCCGGCUCAGAGAAGAAGCACGCGGCCGCUCAGGAGGAGAUUUCAUCGCUGAAGCAGGAGGCAGAAGCUCAGGCGCAGAACAGUGUGGCCCUCGCCGAUCACACACAGGUGAUGUCAUCUCUGGGAAACGCCAUCAAAGAGCUGGAGAGCCAAUCAGAAGCCUUGAAGGAGCAGCUGCGCCAGAAGAGCUUGCAGGUGGAGGCGCUUCAGAACAAACUGACGGCAGAAAACGAUGUCACCCCAGAGGUGUCAGUGUCCCGUCUGGACCACGACACCAUGCGAGACAAGCUGGGGGGCGAGGUGACCCACCUGACCCAGCUCCUCCAGGGGGCGCUCAGGAAGCAGGAUGAGAUGGCUCUGGAGGCUACUGAUGCAUGGCAGAAGGCGCGGGAGAGUCAUGCAGAGUGGGAAGCACUGCAGGAGCUGGGGGUGUCCAGGGAGAAGGAGAACCUGACGCUGACGUCACGGCUGGCCGAGGCCCAGGAUGCCGUGUGUCAGCUCAAACAGCUGGUGGAGAACCACGUCGCCUCGGAGAGGGAGAAAAACAAGAGGAUAGAUGAUCUGUCACGGGAGGUGGGGAAGCUAAAAGACGCCUUGAACAGCCUGUCCCAGCUCUCCUACAGCGCCGGCUCCCCCUCCAAGAGGCUGCAGCAGAACCAGCAGCAGCUGGAGACGAUGCAGCAACAAAUCAAACAGCUGCAGUACCAGCUCGCUGAGUCGAAGAAGCAGCACAAUGAGAUAGUGUCAGUCUAUAGGAUGCACCUCCUCUACGCUGUCCAGGGUCAGAUGGACGAGGACGUCCAGAAAGCCUUGAAGCAGAUUCUGAUGAUGUGCAAGAUGCCAAGUCCAACCAAGGAGACGUGCUGAGACUCACUCUGCUCGCUCCAGAACAAUGAGACUGAAGUCAAAGUGAACCGCUGCUCUCAGAUGCGUCUGUCACCACAGCCUCUUCCUCACGCCCCAACCCCCCCGCUGCUCGUGGCGAUCACAAACGCGGCCGACGCACGGUGCCUCUGAGUCAACCUUCAGUAUUUCUAAAUGUUUACAGUCAUUCGUUCAUUGCCUUUUUGACCCUUUUGUUUCUUAAAGUCAUCAAUCUCACGGUGGAAAAUGUUUUUGGGGAAACUCCAGAGCAGCAUACAGAUACUGUACAUCAGCCAACUGACCAUUCAAAUGAAUGGUUACCAGCCAAAUGUAUAUUGUAUGUGCAUGUUAACACUACACUGAAAAUGUGCAGCAACCUUAACUCGACAUGCAGACGCACAAGUGCCAUAACGCAAACAUCUGUACGCGUGCACUAUUACAGCAGAUGUGCCUGAUGGGGUUUGCUUCUGUUACAACGUUCACUUAGAGGAAAGAAAAGACUCUGCUGACGCUGAUGUUUAUUUAGUAUCUAUUUUAUGAUACAACAGUGUUAGUUUUAAUGUUUCCUGUGUUGUCCACAUUUUACAUCUAAAUUAUUUGUUCCCUGAUAACAAUGCAUGUGACUUUGCUUCAGCCCAAAUCACAGACGUUUUUUUUUGACCGCACUUCUUUGACGAAAAGCAUGAAACUGUUUGUAUUACUAUUUUCCUAUUAGCACAAAACAUGUAUAAACAUGAAUUUUACUGAA